UCACAUUGGCUCCUCAGCAACCUGUACGGCCGCGACCGCACGGCGCAGACCUUCCUCUCCAACUACAUGUUCAACGACGUGGCCGUCAUCACCAUCAACCCCAACUCCACCGCCGCCUGGAACAUCUCGCCGCCCGAGCUGGACCGUCUGGAGCGGGAGGCGCUCUCCAACGCGACGCUGGUAGUAAAGUUCACGUACGUGAUCACGCACCCCAGCAACAACCCGCAGAACCCGCCCACCAUCGAGGCGAACCGCGAGGUGCCGCUCGAGGCCUUCAUCGAAGGCAAGCGGAACCCCGAGCGGGACACCCUGCUCGACCUGCUAGCCGCGCGAGCGGCGCCCGACACCUGGUUGAAUGUGAAACAUCUGUUCCCAAAGUUCGUGAAGGUGUUCAACAAGGGCACCUCCAAACCUGCCUUCCAACUGAUGCCUGUUAUUACUGAAGGAGAAGAAGAUAGCGCUCGCUUCUACCGCAACGUCAAAAUGAGAUUAGAGAGAGAAGGAAACGUGAGCUACUGGCGAGUGCACGAGGCUUGCGAGGAGCGGGACCCGCUGCUGUCGGUGCCGAUGAACAACUGUGACAUGCUGGUGAUGUACACGUUCAACGACAAACUGUUCCCGGAGACGCUCAACUUUAUAUCAGGGGGCGGCAUCAUCGGGCUGUACACGACGUUCGUGUUCCUGGCGUCGCGAGUACUGCGCGGGUUCUUCUCCGGCAUCUACACCAAGAUCAUGUUCGACGACCUGCCCAACGUCGACCGAGUGCUGCAGCUGUGUCUCGACAUCUACCUCGUUCGUGAAGCAUUGGAGCUGACUCUAGAAGAAGAUCUGUUCGCCAAGUUAGUGUUCCUCUAUCGGUCGCCGGAGACCAUGAUAAAAUGGAGCCGCCCUCGAGACGAGCCUGGUGACGAACAAAGAGCACUUCCAGCCCCGCACUGAACUUAGAUAUAUAGCUAGAUAAUUAUCGGUACAAAUGUCUUUGGGGAAAUUAGGCUAUACUAAGGCCAACGAGAGAAGAUAAAGAAUGUAAACAAACGGACGGUUACUGAGUUACAUUGCGAUUAUUGUCUCUAUCCCUAUCACUUGUACGCAGUAAUGGCGUCAGUUGGUCGACGAGAUGUCGUUGCAUGUUUCUUGCUACUUUAAAAUUUUUGUACGCCAUUUAGUGAACAAGUUCAUUCCUGUUUGGAUCGCAUUGGAAGUGAUGCAUAUUUUUUCAUUUCCGUAUUUAUUCAUCAAUAUUCAAAGAUAUCGAUAAAAAUGUUUUGAACCCCUGAAACUAUGCUAAUAUUCUUUAUCUUGUCUCGUUGGCCUUACUAUCGUCACAAACUUCCUCACAUCUCUCACGGAGAAAGUGAAUGUGUCUUUUUUAUCUUUAAGUACCUUCUUCAAAUAUUUUUGCUUAGUUUCUGUGGGGCACAACUAGCCAGGGAAUAGAGUUUUGUAACUGCGCUGUGUAUAGUUUUAAAACGAAUUGUUUUAUCAUGUGGUCAUUAUAAGUUAUCGUCGAUAUUUAUUAACUAAAGUGCAUGAGCCUUGUACACGUGAUUUAAUUCUGUCUCAAUUCAGUUUUUGUUAAUAAAAUUUAAAAAUACAUACUUAGUGGUGGGAGGUGACUAGACGGGGUAUCUUCUAAUCGUUUAAAACUCAAUUGAAGUAACAUUUUACCACUCUUUAAAUAUUAAUUCUAAUUAGGGACAUAGUAUCUUACGUUAUUGAAAGGAAAAUUGAAAUAAAGUAAAAAAGUUAGAUCCCACUCAUUUUAAAUAUGAUUUUGUCACAACAUAAUUUAUUAUUUAAAUAGCCUGAGGGCGGUCACUCCAUUUCCAUUCUGUGGUAUCAUUCUAUAGUAAAACUUUACGACAUUAAUGUUUUGUAACGGUUCAAAUUCUUCACAUAAGUGAAGUUGUAGUUUAUUUUAUUAGGAAAGGUGGGAUUUUCUCAUGCCCCAGUGAGCUAGAAAUGAAACAUCUAAAUCAGUAGUAACUGUACUUAUAAAGUGGGAUCGUGGAUCCCUCCAAUAAACAAAGUAUACCUGCGAGCGUUAUAAUUGACAUAUUGUUAUGAACAAUUUUAUUUAUUGAUAUGUUAUUAUAGAACAAACUUGUUCCACAUAAAGUAAGUACCUAAUAAAUCUCUUAGAAAAUCACCAUAGACAAAUUUCUCUGAUUUAAAAAAAAAGUGGUGUUGUCACCCAGUGAGUUAGAUAACGUAACUGUUAUGAUGGAACUGUGUCAGGUGUAAAAAUAAUAUAUAUGUCGUUUAGGGUCAAGUUUAAGUCCGGGAAAACCUUUAUAAUUAUCUACUAUACAGCGUUGCGCUAUAAUGACUACAUUAAAUGAACACACGAGUAAAGCUAUUUAACAUUAAUCGUAAAAAAUAAUUCUAAAAUUUAAAGUAAAUAAUUGAAAUUUUCUAAAAAACAAAUUAUAUAUUUAUGAAACAAAAUUUUAAUCAUCCUUGGUAGUCGUAUAAGAUGGCACGAAGUAGUUGUCAUUGUCUGCGCUAGCUCGCGGCUACUAGAUUUCUUACAGAUUGUUGCGAAAUCAUAUUACUAUGGGAAAUUGAUUUAUUUAGCUGAAUUAUGUAUUUUUUAUUAUUAUUACGGUUAAGUAGUUCUAUAUGGAUAUAACUAUAUAUGGAUAUAAUAUAUUGAUAUAUGGAUAGAACUACUUAACCGUAAUAUGUGUUUAUUUAAUGUCGCCAUUGUUGUGGCACGCUGUAUACGAUAUUUAUAAAAAACGAUUUGUAUGAAAAAUAAAUUAAAAUUUCUUUAUUGUAUGAUCCAUGUACGGGUUCGGCCGUAAUCGGAUGCGUUCGUAGAUACGUUAUAGAGCUUAUUUGACACAUACACAGUAAUUGAGUAUUUCUUAUUUAUUAAAUCCGCUCCAUAUUUUUUUAAACCUACAACCCAUACCAGCGCCUACUGCGUGGAUUUGGCCUAAAGGUCUAGAUACCAGGCCAUAAACUCCAAAAAAAAAAUACUGCGUGUAUUACUUAAAAGUUGUAUAAUUUAGAAUCGAGAUUAUAUCAAUUAAAAUAUUAAAAGUAUCGUUUUUAACUUGGCACAGUUAUAUCGGUAUAUUUUAGAAACACCAUAUCACAUUUAAUAGGUACUUAAGAUGUUUUUAGUGUAGCCUAGGUUAUAUGCUCUCUUAAACCCUUAUCAUAUUUGUUUCAUACAAUGCAUGUUUGUACUGCAGACUUAAUAAUGUUGUAUUUAUUAUGUUGUAAAUAUGUUUCUGUUUGCAUAAUAAUAUGAGUCAUGUGUAUUUCCCGUAUUUUUAAGCUUGCAAUAAUUUUUCUUUAAUUAUGACUGUUAAAUAAUUAUAUUGAUGUUACAUAAUUAUGUAGUUUAAUAUUUUAUAUUGUUGUGAGAACAUUGCUGCAAUACCUCAUAAUAUUUACAAAUAUAAAAUUAAGUUUUUUUUACUUGUAACGGAAAUUGUUGAAGUGCGAGAGUUUAAACAAUUUACAUUUUGUAUUCUGUAAGCUGCAUUUGAUGUUGUGGAUUGUGAUAAUAAAAGUCAAAAUGUUUAA